AUGAGCUUCACGGAGCUGGAAAACGCAACUUCUGAUUAUAGUGAAGAUUAUUUGGUAGGUAACGGAAUGCUGGGCAAAGUGUACAAAGCAAUUCUACCAAAUGACUGGACACUUGCAAUCAAGAAACUGAAUGACUCAGAGAACUUGGAGGACGAUCUUCAUGAAUGGCUGCACUCGAACGAAGACAAGGCCAAGAUUUUAGACUUCCGUCUUAGAGUUAAAAUUGCACUUGGGAUAGCAAAAGGUCUAUCUUGGCUUCAUCAUGGUUACAGAUUGCACGUUACACACGGAAGCAUAAGCACGCGAUGUAUCUUGCUAGAUCAAAAUUUUGAGCCCAAAAUAUCCAACUUUUGGGAAGCAAAAAUUUGGAGUAAGAAUGAUACAGCAUUAAGUUGGAGUCUUUUCCCAGUAGCUGAAUAUUCAUGUUUAGGUUCUUACAAGCAAGACAUGUAUUGCUUCGGUGUUGUACUUCUCGAGCUGGUUACAGGGAAGGAACCGCAUGAAUUGGCCAGCUCGAGAAAUCUGUUUGAUCACUCGCCUUGUUUACUUGAUGCAGAUAAAGAUUUGCUUGGAAAAGGAAUCAACGAUCUGAUCCUCGAGUUUCUACAGUUAGCUUGUGACUGUGUGAAGUUCUUACCUAAUGAAAGGCCAACAAUGCUGGAAGUUUAUGACAAACUCAAGACAAUUUCUCAAGGUCGAAACGACGACUAG